GCCCGACAAAAAUCUACAUAAAAUCGGACUACACGAGACUGUGUGGCAGUUGUCGAUGAGCUUUCCUCUUCUUUCUUUCUGUUCUAGGCUGAUAUUUUUCUUUGUAACCAAGUGAUUAAAAGGCUUCAAAGUGUACGGCACCGUGGAGAAGACGUUUCACCCGUUCGAGCUGUGCAGCAGCCACCGGAGCGGGGAAUUCCACCGGGGUGACUUGGUGGGCCAUGAUGAACGGUUCUCUCUACGAGGACAGCCCGCCACCGAUCGCGCCAUCCGCUUCCAGCCUCAUCUCGCUCCAGCAGCAACAAGCAACUUCGACACCGGCUUCUCACCAGCAAGCCACAACACCGACCUCACCGACCGCACCGACCGCUUCCUCGGCAGCGAGCGCGCCUUCCGCGCCCACGGCCAGCGCCAGCUCGACCUCGCCGAGCGCCUCCUCCGUGGCGAGCAACAGCGCGCCAGGCCCGCUCCACAUACCGGCCAAAAGGUUGACCGCCACGCCGGCCGCUUCUUCCUACGGCGAGGUCGGCUGCGUCGAGUCCACAGCCGCCCCCGCCACUGGACCAGCAGGCGUCAUUCGUCAUUCCCACUCGUCGUCGGCCGGCUCCCAAGGAGGCUGGAGUUACAGUCCCCAUCAUCCCCAGGACUCUCACUACUCGUCUGCCGCGACUGACAGCCUCAAUCAUCACCAAACCUACGGGGGCAAUAAUCCCCCGACCUAUUACAAUCUGGCGGCAGACCCUACCUCCACUUCCGGCUCCUCCAGGGACAACCGGAAAGCCGGCACGCUCAGCUUCUGGUCGCCGGCCGCGGCGACAGCCGGUGUCGCCGCAACAGCUGGCUCCAGUUCUGACUACAAGUCCUACAACUCGGCCGGUGUCGCGACCACCAGCUCCUCGACCGGGGCUGGAUCCUCCUCCGCGGUCACAGGUGCCGCCGACCCGGCCGUUUCUUCCUGUCAUCAAAGCUUCUCGCAGAGUUGGUGCAAUUACGCGCCGUACACCACGGCCAGGCAUCAUCAUCCGGUGGACACGGCUGGCCAUCAUCAUCCUCACUCGCAAGCCGGGGUCCCGUAUUUGACACCGUCCGCGGCGGACGACCGGGGAAGGGUCACCGCUGCCAUGGUCGCCGCCGAAGGGGCUUUCCCUCACGAUGGUUACGGUGGCCUUAGGAAUUACGGGGCGCCCGAGCCUGUCACCUCCAGUCCGUACCCACCUCCAGAUGUGGGGUUCCUCCCCAUCUUCCUUGUUUCCCGCAGGUUCCCUGGCGGGAGUCGGCGUCGGUGUCGGGGUGGCUGGAAUGGGCGUCAGUUGUGGAAGCUCGAACCCUCUGGAGUGGACCGGACAAGUGACUGUACGGAAGAAACGCAAACCGUACUCCAAGUUCCAGACACUAGAACUUGAGAAAGAGUUCCUCUUCAAUGCGUACGUGUCGAAGCAGAAACGAUGGGAGCUGGCGCGCAACUUGAACCUGACCGAACGGCAGGUGAAGAUAUGGUUUCAAAACCGAAGGAUGAAGAACAAGAAGAAUAGUCAGCGGCAACAACAAAAUAACAACAAUAAUAAUAGUAGCGCCAACAAUGCGAAUCAUCACGCGGCUACCGGCAGUCAUCAUCAUCCGAGCGCCGCACAUGCGCCACCCUCGAGUCACCACGUGGUCGCGCAGGCGCACCACGCGAAUGGUUCCGCGAAGCAUCAUCAGUGACCCGUGGCUUUCUCUGGGGUCGUCUUCGGCCAUCAUCAUAACAAUCACACAAACGGCUCGACGAACGGUUGCGCCGGGAACGGUGCUGGUGCUGGGACUGGGACUGGGACUGGGACCGGGACUGGGACCGGGACCGGGACUGGAAACGGCAUCGGCCAUUCCGGUAGCCACGCGAACCUUGUUACAGGUCACAGCCACACGCUUCACGCGCCUCAACCUCAAACGCCUUUGCCAACUCAUGCCGUCACACCUCCCACCGCAGUCGUUCAUCCGCAUAUUCACGCACACGCUCAUCAUCAGUUGGCGCACGUGGCUCAGCAGUAUCCCGCGCUUCUUCAUCAGACAUCCCACGGCCUGGCUGCCUGAACGUUGAAAUUCUUCAGGUUUUGACGCCCCAGAGAAAUCGUCGAUGAGUCGUGCUUAUUGCAGACACAGAGCUCGACCCUUGGCUCGACAACCCUUGGCAGAUAUGUAACCGCAUACUUAUUGAACUUCGUUCAGCAGCUGUUUCAAGACUGCCUACCAUUUCUAAGAAGAGAUAUUCUUUCGCGGUAUAAUUA